UUAAAUUUGUAUUAAAACAAUAUUUAAAAUGACCACAAUUAUGAGAACAAAUGUAUGCCAAUACAGAGUCACUGGAAAAAUACUAAAAAUGAAAACACCAUAUGGUAAGAUUAUAAUUUUCUUUUUUACUUGAAAUAAGUUGGUAUAGCACAACUUUUCAAAAGCUUUUAUAAAUGUGUGUGCUAAGUUGUAAUAAAGCAAACAUAUGCAUAUAGGCAUGCUCAAGCCAUUAUUUAAUUGUUUCUUGGGUACCUGGGGAGAUUGGUUUGAAGAAAGGGGAAUAACUUGAAUAAGGGUGGUGGAGAAAAAUGAGAAAAAGCAAGCAAAGGAUUGAGAAACUCAGUGUGGCAGCAGCCUCUCUUCACCUCCUGAGAGAGUCAAAGGGUGGCACCAGGGGCUCAUGAUCCAUGGUUGUGGAAGACCCAUGUCACACUGGAUGUCACAUGAGGUGGGAUGGAACACAGAGACCACCCCACCUCAUUUCCUUUACAGUUUCCGUGCUGGGCCAUGACAGUGAACAGCCUUCAGGCAUGUCUACAGUGGAAGAUCUAUAUUCAGACUGGUGGCAGGAGACAACACAACCACGUUUUCUUUUAUGCAUGCAUUUGGUUUCAUUGACACAUUAACCACACGCAAAGGGGCAAAGGCCACAAGGAAGUGUGCUGACCACUGGAUGAAUAUAAGACGUCCUCAAAGAGCCUGAUCCUCACUCUCUCCCUGAACAGCUCAGCAGGACCUCAGCCAUGAGACUUCUCAUCCUGGCCCUCCUUGGCAUCUGCUGUCUUACUGCGUACAUUGUGGAAGGUAUAGGGAGUGAAGUCUCAGAUAAGAGUGUCUGUGUGAGCCUCACUACCCAGAGACUGCCAAUUCACAGAAUCAAGACCUACACCAUCAAGGAAGGCUCCUUCAAAGCAGUAAUUUUUAUUACCAAACGUGGCCUAAAAGUCUGUGCUGAUUCACAAGCCAGGUGGGUGAGCGACAUGGUCAAGAGCCUGGACAGGAGGUCCAAGACCACAAAUAACAUGACCCGGACCAAGCCAACAGGAACCCAGCAAUCAACCAAUACAGCUGUGACCAUGACUGCGUAGCCUCUGGCACCAUGACCCUCUCUCCAGCCAGCCAGCUCAUUUCACUUUAUGCAUUCAUGGACUGAGUUUAUACUCACUUUUUAUGAAAGUACUGCAUGAAUAAAAUUAUUCUUUCGUAUUUUUCUUUUAAAUGCCUUCUGCAUUCACUUAUAUGUUCUAAUUAAUAAAUAUUUAUUAUUAAGAAU